GCGCCCGGCGUCUGGCAGUCAUCCUCCUCUGCACCGUACAUAAUCAUCCGUCUCCGUGCGCUCAUCCGCUGCGUCUUCCCGCCAUCACUAUGCUGUCAUCCCGUAAGCCAUUCGCUGCUGUUAACGAGAACGUCUCCCCAAUGAAGAACAUGUCGCUGGUCGACAAGGAGAACACUCCGCCAUCUCUGAGCAACACCCGCAUCCUGGCCACCAAGACCGCCCGCAAGAUCCUCCUGGAGGCUGAGACCGACCUGGAGAAAACUAAACAGCAGUACCAGGAUGAACCUCUUCUGAGGGACAACCCCCAUCGCUUUGUCAUCUUUCCAAUCCAGUACCACGAUAUCUGGCAAAUGUACAAGAAGGCAGAAGCUUCCUUCUGGACUGCAGAAGAGGUGGAUCUCUCCAAAGACUUUCAGCACUGGGAGUCCUUGAAGGAUGAAGAGCGCUUCUUUAUUUCUCACGUGUUGGCCUUCUUUGCAGCCAGUGACGGCAUUGUAAAUGAGAACUUGGUUGAGAGGUUCAGUAAAGAAGUUCAGGUCACAGAGGCACGCUGCUUCUAUGGCUUCCAGAUUGCAAUGGAGAACAUUCACUCAGAGAUGUACAGUCUUCUCAUUGACACCUACAUCAAAGAUUCUAGAGAAAGGGAGUACCUGUUUAAUGCCAUUGAGACACUGCCCUGUGUGAAAAGGAAGGCUGACUGGGCACUGCGUUGGAUUGGGGACAAAUCAUCUACUUAUGGUGAACGUGUUGUAGCAUUUGCAGCAGUGGAAGGAAUCUUCUUCUCUGGGUCAUUUGCUGCAAUCUUCUGGCUGAAGAAACGGGGACUGAUGCCUGGUCUGACCUUCUCCAAUGAACUGAUCAGUCGUGAUGAGGGUCUUCAUACAGACUUCGCUUGUCUUAUGUUCAAACACCUUGUAAACAAACCAUCAGAGUCCCGGGUCCGAGAGCUGAUUGUUGAUGCAGUCAAGAUUGAACAGGAAUUCUUGACUGACGCACUUCCUGUAAAGCUCAUCGGCAUGAACGGCGACCUGAUGAAGCAGUACAUCGAGUUUGUUGCAGAUCGUCUCAUGUUGGAGCUCGGCUUUAGCAAGGUUUUCAGAGCAGAAAAUCCUUUUGACUUCAUGGAGAACAUCUCCCUGGAAGGAAAGACUAACUUUUUCGAGAAGAAAGUUGGUGAAUACCAGAAGAUGGGAGUGAUGGCAAAGGCGGCAGACAGCAAAUUCACUCUUGAUGCUGACUUCUAAGUGCAUUGAACACUUCCAGUGCAGUAAGAUGGGGGCAUUAUGACUUCAGGUUGUCCCGGUCUACCUUAAGGACUGACACCUGUUACAAGGACUAUAAGCUUGGAUGUGGUGUCCUGUAUGACGGCACAUACUGUCUUUUCACAUACAUGCUAGUUUACAGAUGUCGGCAUGUGUGACUGAUAACACUCAUGGGUACAAUAGGUUGUACAGCUUGGUGUAUGUUAUAAAGGGUGCUGUGUACUCUGCCGGGGAGGAGCUGCUGCUUCAUAGCAGUAAUUUUUUUUAUUAGUGUAAAUGGUUUUUUAUGUAUUUUAGUCUGAACUUGGCACUUUAAAUUAAAUAAAUUGUUU